AUGUGUGGCUAUAUUCUACAAAAGCAAGAAAAAAAUAACGAUCAAUACACGGAGCUAGAAAAAGGUGCUGCUUUUGCAAUGAAAAAAAACGCUAUUCCAUUUCUUGAAAUGGCUACCAUAGUGCCAUUUGUUUGUUUUGCACUGCCAGCUAUGCUAGGCAGUAUGAGCCUCAUGCAAUGCACACUUAUAUGCGCUGCGUUGAUGGUUGCUACAUGUUUUGUUGUAAGAACUUGGCAUGGGCGUGAGUGGUUACUAGAAAAAAUUACUGACCACAGUAGAAAAGAAAUAGACGUGGAAUUUAAGAAAGAUACUAUAAAAUUUCCUAUCUUUGAUCAAAAUAGAAAACACACCGAGUAUAAUUCGCCUAACUCAGGGCGACUACUGGAUGAAACAAGUAGCACCUCUCUUUUCGUUAAAGUUUUACUUUUUCCCCUCAAGGCUCUUCUGAAGGUCCUGCAAAGUUGUAUAAUGUUAUCUUUAGCUGCUGUUGAACUUCUUGAAACGGUACCAAGUCUUUUUGUCGAUACAUUCUUCGAUUGGAGUUUCACAUCCACCAAGAGUAACCUGCAGAGAUCAGGCCAUUUAUUGUAUGCAAGUGUGAGAAAUUUAGUGCCUAUAACUAAAUUUGAUGAGUGUGUAGCUAAUUUUAUAGGCACCCCAGAAGUAACUUGUUCAAAGUUUAUAUCUGCAAAACGAGAAAAUAUUGCGCGAAAAAUAUACGAGGAAAUUGGAGGUAAAUCGCCGAUUUUGGAUAAUACGAAAGUGCAAGCUGAUGCUUUAGAACUAAAAUUAAAUGAAGAUAGAAACCAUGUACACAAGGUAUUCAUUUGCAUGCGCUAUUGGCAUCCAUUUGCUGACGAAGUUGUUAAAAGUGUAAAACAGUUUGAUCCUGAUGAAGUAAUUUUGCUGCCACUAUACCCUCAAUAUUCAACUACCACAACUUUGUCAUCCAUCGAAAAUUGGCAAAAAAAUGCUAAAAGGCAUGGCCUAAAAUGCAAUACAAAAAUAAUUUAUCAUUAUUAUGACAAUGAAGACUUUAUUGAGGCUCAUGCUAACUUGAUAGCCAAGUACUACAAAUUAGCUAGCAGGAUUGGUAAGCCAAGAGUCCUAUUUUCAGCUCAUAGCUUGCCCCUUAGCGUUAUUAAAAAAGGUGACCCUUACGCUUCACAGGUAGAAAGAAGCGUAGAGUUAAUAGUAGAAAAGUUAGCUAUCAAUAACUUAGAUUGGUCAAUAUGUUAUCAGAGUAAGAUUGGUCCUGUAAAAUGGCUAGAGCCAAGCACUGAAAGUGAGCUAUCACGUACAAAAGCUGAUGGUGUACCUGUAGUUUUAUCACCUAUAUCUUUUGUUUCUGAGCAUUCAGAAACUCUAGUUGAACUUGAUAUAGAAUAUAAAGCAAUUAUCAAGAAUGGAUAUUAUUUUCGCGUACCAACUCUCAGUACCGAUCCCUUGAAGGAUCUAAUUAAGGAUUACAGAAACCCUGAGAGUAAAAAAGAGCUGGCAAAAGUUGUGGGUAAAUCGGCUAAUCUUGCAAGCAGCAUCAUAGAAGCAUUGAUGAUGUUGAAAGUCAUCCAUUUUUUUACUAAGGGUAAUGCAGACGUAAUAAGUCACAUUCACUUAACAUCAACGAUCCUAUUUCUGUUUAUUUCGGAACCUAUAAGCUACUAUUAUUCAUGGAGAAAAUACCUAGAUAAUAAGGAUCCUGAAAAGUCUGCUGAGUGUAAGAAGGACCUUAUUAUCAGCACAUUAACUUUGUCACUAGGUUUGUUAAACUUCAUAUUAAAAAGAAUGGAGACUGCAACCAUACCAAUAAACUUAGGUAAUGGUAUAAUCUAUAAUUUCAACUUAAGCGUAACAGUUAGCAUAAUAUAUAGUGCAGUAUUUCUGGCAGUUCAGCUUGACAAAUUGUUUCAACAACCUGUCAAUGAUGAUCCUUCCACUGAACUUGAUAGUGCUGGCCAUAACCAUAUUCAGCACGGUAAUGAUGGUAAUGAUCUGCCCGAUGGUAAUGCUGUGGGAAUAUAA